UUCACAGUGGUAGUCAUGAGGGCCAGCUGCCUGAGAAUUAUGGCCUGAGAUUUUUGUAAGGGAAGGGUAGAUCAUCAGUGUGACAGGAUGGCCUGCCCCUUUAAAGGCCGAAGAACUGGAGCUGGCCAGCCCCUGUUCAGUUAGCCCUGCCUGCAACACUUGGGAUAGAGCCUGGGGUUAGUUAGUAGAACUAACUGGGUAAAAACAGCAGCAAGAAGCUGCAGAGUAAGAGGAAUGCAUAGGAAACUGUACAGAGACUGCAGAGAGUGAAAAAAGCACAGAAGACCCAGCGACCAGGGGAGUUGCUUUAGCUAGGAAGGGCUGCGAGUAGCCUGCUAAAAUAGGAAGGAACCUGAUACACCACUUGGACUUUUUAUUUAGCAAGGUCAAGCCCUUAAGCUAUGCAUUUUCAUGCUUUUCACAUCCUCCUCCUGGGAAUGUCAUUGGUAAGGGCCUACAGCUCCAGUCAAUGCACUUGUGAAGAGAAAGCAAAUAUGUGCACGUUCAUUCCCUGUGGAAUUCCUGGGAGCAAUGGUUUACCGGGCAGAGAUGGGAAGGAAGGUCCAAAAGGAGAAAAGGGAGAGCUAGGGUUGAGAGGGACACAGGGUCUCCCAGGAAAAGCUGGACCCUCCGGGCCAAAAGGCGAGAAAGGUUCAGUAGGUGAAAGAGAACCAACAGGCCUUAGUGGAGGCCAAGAACUCGAUCAUCUUAAAACUCAAGUGAGGGAGUUGCAAGCACAACUGAAGGCCUUGCAAGCUACUGUCAGCAAAUCCCAGAAAGUUCUGCUUUUCCCAAAUGGCAUGACUGUCGGUGAAAAAAUAUUCAAAACUGAGGGCUCCGAAGGCAACUUUGAGACUUCAAAAGCUGCAUGUUCCCAAGCUGGUGGCCUGCUUGCUUCUCCAAGAAAUUCUGCAGAGAACAGCGCCAUCCAACAAAUAGCAGCUAGGCAUAAAAAAAUGCCAUUUCUUGGAAUAAAUGACAUACAGACAGAAGGCACAUUUAAGUAUCUAAAUGGUGAAGCAUUAGGAUACUCAAACUGGGCAUCUAAUGAACCAAAUAAUGCUGAAGGAAUAGAGGACUGUGUAGAAGUACAUUCAAGUGGCAAGUGGAAUGACAGAUCCUGUGCAGAAGAACUGUUAAUAAUUUGUGAAUAUUAAUCUACCUGCUCUUUUGGUUAUUUCUCACUUAGUCCAAAUGUACAUACAGCUUUACAUAUUGUUAAUUAUAUAAAUUUACAGUAGCCCUACAUUUUGGACAUUGUGCUGCAUCAGUAAUGUAAAACACACAGCUGUCUACUGUAUGUGAAAAA